AUGAUAAUAGCUUCUCUUUUACUGACAGUAGUGGUUGAGAAGUUUGGUAGAAAGAUUUUGUUAAUAGGCGCAUUCACAAUAUCAGCUGUAGCAUUACUGCCACUUGCAAUAGCAUUGCUAUUAAGACUUUAUGGAGGAUCUUUACCGAACUGGCUACCUAUUGUAUCUCUUAUGACUUCCGUUGCUAUGUUUUAUGGUGGUAUAACACCUUUAACAUACAUUGUUACCACAGAGAUGUUUGUAUUCCAGAUACGUGCCAAAUUAAUGGGUUUAGUCUGUUCGUAUUGCUGGAUUACAUUUUUCAUACCACUCACAAUUUACACGCCAAUUACAAAUAUGUUUGGUGCAUACACGAGUUUCUUUAUUUUUGGAUGUUUUAAUGUAAUAGGUUUAGUAUUCACAAUAUUAUACAUCCCAGAGACAAAAGGAAAGAGUGAUGAGGAGAUCAGAACGGCGAUAGUAGGACGAAGAAGAAUAGAUGAUUCUAUAUGA